CAUUCCGAUGGUCAUGAUCAUCUAAGUAAAGUGACCACCACAAGUUGUUGGGUUCAAGAUAAUGAUGAUCAAGAUUCAGUUAGAAUCUGCAUUCUGACUGACACCGUAAAACAGGCGACGGCAUAGCUCCGGGUGGAAUAUUUCUCUAUUUACUAUUUUUUAGACAUUUCUGUGACGAUUUCUCUAAUAAUUUGUGAGCUCAAUGGAGUGAAAAUAGGAAAGUGGUGCCGAAAGUGAGUGUUUGUUUUCUUUCCCAAGUUGUGUAGAUAGGAAGAGGGUGCCCAAGAAAGUACAAUGAGUAUGGAGCGUUUGCAACGCGUCCUCCUUUUCUCCGUCGUUUUACUGGCUGUGAUAUUUUUCUUGACGGUGGAUGGUCAACAGCAGCAGCAACCAAGUAGUAAAUUCAGUCACCGGCGGAUUCAGUCCGGACCGCCCAAGUUCAAUAGGAGGCCACCCCCCGGGGGACCACCUCCGCAUAGGCCGAGGAGACCGCAACGACCGGAAGGACCACCACCACCCCCACCUCCGCGAGAAGGGGGCGGAAGUAGAGACAGAGGACCACCACCACAAUACAAUAAUAAUAAUGGUGGCGGAAAGCCGUAUCAUCAACGGCAGCCACCAGGACCCCCACAUCACUCCAAUAAUGGUCCCCCACCAUCCGGCGGACCACCCUCCGGACCCCCACCUACUCGUCCAUACAACAACCAUCACUCCAAUAAUAAUAACAACGGACCCCCAAACCUAUCACGCCCCGGUCCUCCAUACCCACCCCAAAAUAACAACAACCAAAAUUACAACAACAACAACAACAAUCGACCCCACAACAAUAAUAACAACAACCACAACCACCACUCUCAACCACCCCUCCAUCCGUUCACUCAACAAUCUCCCAACAAUCCCAACAAUCCCUCCAACCUUAAUGCACCCCUCUCUCUAAACACACAUCCUCAACAACCCAUGACAAACCCACCAAUUUCAGAAUACGCUCCACCCUUAAAUACCUUUAAGUCAAGUCCAAACAACAAUUACAACAAGGACUCGUCCCCCUCCGGCGCCGCUCAAUCCCAACAAAUCAACAUUGGCUCAGGCUCCAACAAUACGAAGCACACGAUAACCUUCACCGUAACGAAGAAGCCGUCUGGCGCGACGGCGAUCAACUUUCAGAUUCAGACCCCACAAAAUGGAGGUCCGUACGGUCCGUCGACUUACAGACCUCCACUGGAUGGGUCCUACCCUGGCACGUCGUAUUCCAUGCGGGACAAGGAUGAAGCCUCCGCAAACGAUUUGCUAAACCCACCCCCAGUUUUUUACAAUCCGCAAAAGGACGUCCUAAUGAACAAGGCGCACCCCUUGAAUCAAAUGAAAAACGAAAUUGUUCACGAUCCGGUAAAGGAUUACGAUUCAGCGGGGUCCUCCAAAUUCUCUCAACCCGAUCCCCUCUUCCACGAAGAAGACGAUAAGACGAGUGACUCUUCAGUGGCGUCGUCAAUCUCGCAAAUUUUAAUUGCGGGGCAGAAACCGAUCAAGAAAAUUAACCCCAAGGAUCAAAUUCCCGACGCUAACACGGCUGCAGCCCAACUCCUAGCGGCACUGGGGUUAUCCAAGAAUCCAUUAAUUGAUAAAGGUCAAGGGGAACCGUUAGGACUGACCGACUAUCUCAAAUCGCAUCAACCCCUUUUUAACAAACCAGACAGGAUAAUUAGUCAAGAAAACGGCAGUAAUAAGAAGAAGGAUCAAGAUUCUGCAUCUUCACAGAGCGAAAGUCAAUUCCCCAAUUUGUACGGGGAUGACUUUGACUCUUUUAAUUCUGGUUUGCUAACUCCCCCCAAAGAUUCAGAAUCUAGCCUGAACGGUCACAACGACGAUGUCGAGAGUGUCGCGAAACUCAGCUCAUAUUUGCAACAAAGGCUUCAAAGUUUGAACCGGCAACAACAGAAUGAUUUUUCUAGUGACGCUUCGACCGGAAGUAGCGGCAGUGGGAGUGGAAAUCUGUACGGUGGUGGUUCCGCAAAAGAACAACACGUCGAAAGAGCUGGACCCAUCUCCUAUAUCGAACAGCGUCUCAAAGGUGGAAAUAAUUCCCCCCUCAGUAACGCAUUCGGAUCACCUCCAACGAAUAAUUUUGGAUCAAAUUUCGGCCUAUUAAAUAAUAACAAUAAUGAAAACAGGCAGACUUCAUACCUCGAACAAAAGUUGAGACAGGAUCAAUUACAGCAACAGCAGCAACAACAACAAAAUGAACAGUCCUACAUUCAAGAAUUACUUUCUAAUCAAGGAAAACCAAAUUUCCAAGCGUCCGAUCUGACUGGAGCAUACGCUUCUGCAAGUCAACAGAAUAUUCAUAAACCGUUAGAUUUGAGUCAAUUUGCUGCCCAUCAACAAUCCCGAUUCGGUCCAAGCACCCAAUCCCCGUCAUCUCUGGAGAUGGAAGAGUACAGCAAUACCAAAGAUAUCGGUGCUGGGUCAGUAUUCAACGGGGGUCAUCAAGCGUCUCAAUUUAGUGAACACCGCCAACAAAUCGUUCCACCCAUUAAAAACGGUGGAGGAAUUGGCUCCCUGUCAAGUAAUGUCUUACUACCUGGUGGGUUUGGGGGGACGCAUUUACAACAACAGCAACAGCAGCAACAAUUUAAUCAACACCAACAACUUAGUCAACAACAACAACAACAACAAUUUCAGAGUCCGAUCUUUAAUCGACAACAAUUUCCUUCUGGGUCAGGAGGUCAAAUCGCUGCUGCACCAUCUGCCGUUUCUCCCAUCUCCCACCACUCUGGGUCAAUAGAACACGGUCAAGCCCCGUACAAUUACCCACAAGAAACACAACAUUUUCAACAACGAUUGAAUUUUGACCAACAACAACAUCAACAACAGCAAGCACAAUAUGCUGCGGUAAAUCCGCUCCAACAAACGCCACAACAGCAACAAUUUCCUCAAUCUCAACAAUUCCAAUUCCAACAGCAUCAACAAUUCUCUGGCCAACAGGGUCAACAAUCCAUUCAAAACUUUAACUACCAACAGGCCCCACAACAACAACAACCUCAACAGCAACAAUUAAGUCCUGCCCAAUCGCAACAAAUCCAACAAACUCAUCCACACCCGAACGCAAUUCCUCCCCCAGGUUACGGUCCUCCAGGUCACAUUGGUGGUCCGCCACACGGCCCACACGGUGGAGGAUUUGGUCCAGGAGGUGAUUUUGGUCCUGGUGGCCCUGGAGGUCCUGGAGGUGGAUUUGACGGUCCGGCUGGCUUCGAUGGUGGUCCGACCCCACCGCCUCAACAAGUCUACGUCGUAACAGAGGCAGAACCUAUAAUUGAAAUUAUCGUUCAAGAUUCCAACGUGACUCUUCCCCCGCAUCAAAUCCCCCUCCCACCACCGCCUCCUCCUCCCACGCCAGAACCAGUUCAUGUCUUUUAUGUGAAAUAUUCCGAAAAUAAAUUCCCACAUGGAGGACCACACGAUGGUGCAGGUCACCUCCUCCAUGAACCGGAAAUCAAUCUCGAAUCCCCCAUCCCAUCCAUUAAUGUUCGUGGUCCUGGAGGUCAUCACCACCAUCACGGAGGAGGAUACGGGCCCGAUCGUAACUUACAAGUUGAUCCAAAUUAUGACAAUGUUCCACAAUUGUCAGAAUCACACCCACAAACGCAACAACAUGUCGUCAACGUUUCUUCGCCACCACCCGCGUCAUCAUCAUCUGUCGAAGAAGUCACAUCGUCCACAACGCUCCGAACGAUAAUAAAUCCAUCCCAGAAUUCGUUUACCAAUACGAAACUCGCCGUCCAUUUCGACUCCCCACCGGAAGCGUAUCCAUUCGACAUGGCCAAAUAUCAGAAGCAGUUUCUGGCCUCGCAAAAUAAUAAUAAUAAUAAAAAGGACAAUUCCGAACAGCAGCAGCAUCAAAAUCAGCGAGAGGCUGAACAGAAACAAUUGGAACAACAAGAAAUGCAUCAACAAAUGAUGCAACAUUUUGAGCAGCACAAGAACCAAUUUCUAAAUAAGAGAAUCGGUGUGGAGGAUUUUUCUUCCUUGUUGGACGAAGAACCAGGUCAUCAGGGUCAAGGUCAAGGUCCUCACUCUCAGCAAAAUAAUCACGAUAAAAGUAAAGAACUUCCCCCCGAUGUUCCACACCAUUUGAAACAACAAUUGAUAAACUCUGGAAUUUUAAACAAUGCCGAAGUUCAAGUCGUAAAUUUCGAUGAGAAUUUGUUUAAAGAAUUAUCCUCCCUUCCUCCCGAAGCAAUUUCUGCCCUUCAACAACAGCAACAGCAGCAAACCGAGUUUUCCUCACAAAAUCAACAAAAUUAUGAACAAGAGGAUUUUAGUAAUUUGCAAAAAAGACACGUAAAUAAAAUAUUCAUCGAGAAACGAGGGGAUGCCACGAGUGGGGUCAAAAGGUCAUUGAAAAAGCGACCUCGCUCAAUCCUAUUCCAAACGGAGGACAACCAUUUGUACAGACUUUUAACGACCAAUAUUAAGAAAGGGAUUCACAACGAAAAAAUUGAUAAAAUUUGCUAAAAAAGUGGAGAGAAUUGUAUAAUGUUAAUGAAAUCUUAAGUUAAAUUUUAUUUAUGUAUGGGGAUAACAUUUUUUAUUAGUUGAGGAUGCAUUUUUGUGUACAAGUUUCUUUACGAGUUUUGGUUUAUUUUUAAAUGAAUGAACAAUGAAAUAGAUGAAUGAAAAAAAUAUUGACAUUAAAAAAUGAUAAUAAAUUCAAAUAAUAAGUGCAGAA